AUGAAGUGCUUCGAGAGACUGGUUCUCCAGCACAUCAAGGCCUAUCUCCCUCCGAACUUUGACCCCUACCAGUUUGCAUAUCGCACCAACAGAGACGGUACACAAAAGCUGCAGUAUGCAAGGAAUUUUCAGCCUCAAAACGAUGAAGUCAGACACAUCAGAGUUUUGCUUUAUGGACCAGUUGGCGCUGGAAAGUCCAGCUUCAUCAACUCUGUCAGUAAUGUCUUAAGAGGGAAAAUGACCAUCCCUGCUUUGACCGGUGCAACCGUAUCUGACACAAGUUUAACCAAGAAGUAUGAAACCCACAAAAUCCAGAAAGAAGGCAGAGGCACCUACUUCCCAUUUGUGUUCAAUGACAUCAUGGGUCUGGAGGACGGAACUGGAAGAGGAGUCUGUGCUCAUGAUCUCAAACUGGCCAUGAUGGGGCAUGUGACGGAAGGUUACAAGUUCAAUCCUGCCUCUCCACUGUCCAGUGGUGAUGCAGACUACGAAGCUUCUCCAACUGUAGACGACAAAGUCCAUGUUCUAGUUUGUUUCUACUCUGCUAAUGCAGCUGCUAUGAACACCUCCGUUUUAAAGAAAAUGAAGGAAAUCAGGGAAGCAGCCAAUGACCUGGGUAUUCCCCAACUGGCAGUUAUCACCAAAAUUGAUGAGGCUUGUGGUGAAACUGACAAUUUUCUGAGAAAUGUCUACAAGAGCAAACAUUUAAAGAAAAAAAUGACCGACUUUAGUUCAAGUCUGGGGAUUCCGAUGAACUGCAUCCUUCCUGUGAAGAACUACAGUAAAGAAACUCAAAUAGAUGUGGACGUUGAUACUCUCAUCCUUGAUGCACUGAGACUAAUUAUUGACUUUGGAGAUGACUACACUGAUAAACUGUAA